AUGGUCCCUCCGUCAAAGAAGCGAAAGCUUCAGUCUGUUGCUGCGCCGGCUGCGAAGCGCAACAAGAACUCGGCCAAAGGCGCCGUCGCAAAACCCGGCAAGUCCAAGGCCAAUCCUGCGCGCAAGCUCGUCGACGUUGCCUCUCUCGGCUGGCAGUCGGUGGGAGAGGAGUUUGGCGGCCUGGAAGUCAUCGAAGGAGUUGAUGUGGUAAGAAAUGGUGGGACUGUGCAGUUUUUAGUGGCGGAGAAACAGAAACAGCAGCAGCAGGCCGAUUCAUCCGAGCAAAAACAUCGACAGGGGGCGAGCAAAGCGAGCACACGCGACGACCGAGCGGACGAGACUCGCGAUGCCGUCGAUGAGCCUGUUGAAGGGCCUGGGGACGGCGCUGUGGAAGGCGAGAAUGUCGAUUCCGGCCAAGCUGGCGAUUCUAAAGGUGGCGUGGAGGGCCAGGGCGGCAAAAAGAAAGCUGCAGGAAAAGACGGGGCCAAGAAGGACGCAGGCAAGAAGCAAAAAGCGCGGAAAGACAAAGACAACAACAACAAGCUGGCGGCGGCCGACAAAGAGCUACAGAAGCCCGCUUCACGCAAGCAGCAGCAAGGCAACUCGUUCGACGCCCUCAUGGCCGUGGGCGACGCAGCAGCCGCAGAAGAGGCAGACAUGGGUGCCUGGGUGGAGCUGAACCUGUCGACGCGCAUCCUGUCGGCGAUUGCGAAGCUGGGAUUUGCGAAGCCGACGCUGAUCCAGGAGAAGACGAUUCCGGAGAUUCUGGCGGGCGAGGACGUGAUUGGAAAGGCGCAGACGGGAUCGGGAAAGACGCUGGCGUUUGGUAUUCCCAUCGUGGAGAAGUGGCUGGAGCUGUAUGAGGAGAGGCGGAAUGUGAAGCGCGAGGGCCCGACGGCGGUGGUGCUCAGUCCGACGAGAGAGUUGGCGAAGCAGCUGUCGGACCAUAUCAAGGCGCUUUGCGACGGGUUGCCGACGGCGCCGUACGUGUGUACUGUGACGGGUGGGUUGAGCAUUCACAAGCAGCAGAGACAGCUGGAGAAGGCGGAUAUUGUCAUUGCGACGCCGGGUCGUCUGUGGGAGGUGUUGGAUGGCGACAUGAGCCUGCAGAACUCGUUUACCAAGAUUAAGUUUUUGGUUGUUGACGAGGCUGAUAGGCUGUUCAAGGCGGGACAGUUCAAAGAGGCGGAGGAUAUUAUCGGUGCGCUGGAUCGAAAGGAUCCCGACGCGGAGGACGAUGACGAUAACGAGGAGCUGCCGCCACGACAGACGCUGGUGUUCUCUGCGACAUUUGAUAAGAAUCUGCAGUCCAAGUUGGCGGUUAGAGGGAAAGCUCCGAAGGCGGGUGCUGGUAGUAGUGAUGAGGAAAAGAUGGAGUAUUUGAUGAAGUCGCUCAAGUUUAGGAGCGAGCCUAAGUUCAUCGACGUCAAUCCAGCGUCGCAGAUGGCUUCUGGUUUGAAAGAGGGCUUGAUUGAAUGUGGUGCUAUGGAGAAGGAUCUCUAUCUUUAUACCGUUCUCGUUCUCAAUCCCAACAAACGCACUCUCGUCUUUACAAACUCGAUUUCAGCUGUCCGCCGUCUGGCCCCUCUUCUCCAGAACCUCGGUCUCUCAGUUCUACCUCUACACUCUCAGAUGAUUCAAAAGGCCCGUUUACGAUCAAUAGAGCGCUUUGCGGCUUCCAGAAACUCCAUUCUCGUCGCAACAGAUGUGGCUGCCCGUGGUCUGGAUAUCAAGGAGGUGGAUCAAGUCUUGCAUUACCACGUGCCUCGUCAGGCGGAUACCUAUAUUCAUCGAUCUGGUCGAACUGCGCGUGGUGACCGUUCUGGUGUGAGCGUGAUUCUGUGCUCGCCGGAGGAGGUCUUGCCUACUCGUCGUCUGGCCGGUAAGGUGCAUGCUGAGCGGGACGGUAGCACCAGCCUUAAGCGCGAGCAUUUCAUCGAGACGCUCUUAAUUGAUCGGAAGAUUGCGCAGCGUCUAAAGCCUCGAGUGGACUUGGCCAAGCGCAUCGCGGAUGCUGUUUUGGCAAAGGAAAAGGGCCACAGCGAGGAUCAAUGGCUGCGCAACGCCGCUGAGGAGCUGGGCGUGGACUACGACUCUGAAGAGUUUGACGGCAGCGCGCCGGGCAAUUGGGGUGGCAGAGGAGGAGGCCGCAAGAAGAAGGAGAAGGAGGCGCGUCAGCUGAGUAAAGCAGAGAUGGGAGCGCUGCGGGCACAGCUUCGUGAGGAGUUGAGCAAGCGGGUGAAUCUGGGCGUGAGCGAGAAGUAUAUCACGGGGGGGAGAGUUGAUAUUGGUGCGUUGUUGAGGGAGAAGGAGAAGGGGACUGUUGGGGGGUUGUUUUUGGGAGGGGAUGGGCUU